AUGGUGAAGUUAAGGCUUGACGAGAUACGUGACCUGAUGGAGAAGAGGCGUAAUAUACGCAACAUAUCGGUUAUAGCCCAUGUGGAUCAUGGUAAAUCGACGUUGACGGAUUCGCUGGUUUCCAAGGCGGGCAUCAUUGCGAGCGCCAAGGCGGGCAAUAUGAGAUUCACAGACACCAGAAAGGACGAACAGGAUCGUUGUAUUACCAUUAAAUCAACGGCCAUCACCAUGUACUUUGAACUUGAGGAUAAGGAUUUGUGCUUCAUCACCCAGGCUGAUCAAUGUGAAAAGGAUACCAAAGGAUUUCUAAUUAAUCUAAUUGACUCACCCGGUCAUGUGGAUUUCUCAUCAGAGGUGACGGCCGCUUUACGCGUAACCGACGGUGCUAUCGUCGUUGUUGACUGCGUCUCCGGUGUUUGUGUCCAGACGGAGACGGUGCUUCGUCAGGCGAUCGCGGAACGAAUUCGACCCAUUUUAUUCCUGAAUAAAAUGGAUCGUGCAUUGCUUGAACUGCAAUUGGACACCGAGGAGCUGUACCAAACGUUUCAGCGUAUUAUCGAGAAUGUAAAUCUCAUAAUUGCCACCUACAAUGAUGACAGUGGACCCAUGGGUGAGGUCUCUGUUGAUCCCCCAAGGGGUUCCGUUGGUUUCGGCUCCGGUCUUCAUGGUUGGGCCUUUACCCUCAAACAGUUUGCCGAAAUGUACGCCGAUAAAUUUAAAAUUGAUGUCGGAAAACUGAUGAAACGACUUUGGGGAAGCAACUUCUUCAACAUGAAGACGAGAAAGUGGCAAUCGAAUAAAGACUCUGAUAGUAAGCGCUCAUUUUGUCUGUACGUAUUGGACCCCAUUUAUAAGGUAUUCGAUGCAAUAAUGAACUACAAAACGGAGGAAAUACCAAUUUUGCUGGAAAAAAUUGGUGUAAAGCUUCAACCCGAGGAGCAGGAAGAGCAGGGUAAAGUGCUGCUGAAGACUGUGAUGAGAAAUUGGUUACCAGCGGGUGAAACGCUUCUUCAAAUGAUUGCCAUCCACUUGCCAUCACCUGUGGUGGCCCAGAAGUACCGCAUGGAAAUGUUGUACGAGGGUCCUCAGGACGAUGAAGCGGCUGUUGCGAUAAAGAGCUGUGAUUCCAAUGGUCCUUUGAUGAUGUACAUUUCGAAGAUGGUGCCCACGACAGAUAUAGGACGAUUCUAUGCCUUUGGUCGUGUGUUUGCUGGCAAAGUGUCCACGGGACAGAAAUGCCGCAUUAUGGGGCCCAACUAUGUGCCCGGCAAGAAGGAGGAUCUACACGAGAAGGCGAUUCAACGAACCGUUCUCAUGAUGGGUCGCUCUGUGGAGGCCAUUGAAGAUGUGCCAGCUGGUAACAUUUGUGGACUGGUCGGCGUUGAUCAAUUCCUGAUUAAGACGGGUACAAUCUCCACAUUCAAGGAGGCGCACAACAUGAAGGUCAUGAAGUUCUCAGUAUCUCCAGUUGUGCGAGUUGCCGUUGAGCCCAAGAAUCCAGCGGAUUUGCCCAAGCUAGUGAUUGGUCUAAAGCGUCUGGCCAAAUCUGAUCCAAUGGUGCAGUGCAUCAUUGAAGAGUCUGGUGAGCACAUCAUUGCCGGUGCCGGUGAAUUGCAUUUGGAAAUAUGCAUAAAGGAUCUCGAGGAGGAUCACGCAUGUAUUCCUCUAAAGACAUCCGAUCCUCUGGUAUCAUACCGUGAAACGGUUCUAGAGGAAUCCAGUCAACUGUGUCUGUCCAAGUCACGGAACAAGCACAACCGCUUGACCAUGAAGGCCCAGCCCAUGCCCGAGGGAUUGCCCGAGGAUAUUGACAAUGGCGUGGUUUCUUCCCGAGACGAGUUCAAAAAACGAGCACGAUAUUUGAAUGAGAAGUACGAUUAUGAUGUGAGUGAGGCCCGUAAGAUUUGGAGCUUUGGCCCAGAUUGCAAUGGUCCCAACAUCAUUGUGGACUGCACCAAGUCAGUGCAGUACUUGAACGAGAUUAAGGACUCCGUGAUUGCCGGCUUCCAGUGGGCUUCAAAAGAAGGCGUCAUGGCCGAGGAAAACAUGCGAGGAGUUCGCUUUGAUAUACACGAUGUGGUUGCGCAUGCCGAUGCAGUGCAUCGAAGUGGCAGUCAGAUCAUUCCCACCACCAGGCGCUGCUUGUACGCCUCCGCAAUCACAGCCAGUCCGCGUCUCCUGGAACCCGUGUAUCUCUGCGAGAUUCAGUGUCACAACUUGGCUGUUGGAGGUAUCCAUAAAGUGCUGAGUCGACGACGUGGUCAUGUGCUUGAGGAAACUCAGGUUCCGGGCACACCCAUGUUUAUGGUCAAGUCCUAUUUGCCGGUCAACGAGUCCUUUGGCUUCACUGCCGAGCUGCGAACCAACACUCGUGGUCAGGCGUUCCCUCAAUGUGUCUUCGAUCACUGGCAGAUGCUGCCCGGAGAUCCGUGUGAUCCCAAUAGCAAACCCUACCAGGUUGUGCAGGAUACACGUUUGCGCAAAGCUCUCAAGCCCGGACUGCCCGAACUUGUACAGUAUUUGGAUAAAUUGUAAUUGAAAAUCCAUGACUUUAAAUUUGUACUAUUCUUAUUUACUAUGUAAUUUAUUUAAUAGCCUCUGUGAUAUUUAUCAACAACGCUUAAAUAAGUAUACAUAUACUUUAAUUCAUUUAAAAAACAAAAUAAACAACACAAACCCCCA